AUGUCUGUGGCCGCUGCGCUGCUAGACGCGGCGGCGCGCGGCGACGCGGCGCGACUCACCAGCCUCCUCAACGCAGACCCUCGGCAUAUCGAUGCGCAAGAUGAGAAUGGAUGCAGUGCGCUGCAGCGCGCGGCGGCGGACGGGCACGUGGACGCCGUGCAGCUGCUGCUGCGGCGCAGCGCCGACCCCAACAAGCAGGACCACGUGCACGGCAACACAGCCGCGCACGAGGCAGCAUGGAAGGGCUACAGCCGCUGCGUGGCGCUGCUGGCGGCGGCCGGCGCGGACCUGCGCGUGCGCAACGCCGGCGGGUUCGCGCCGCUACACCUCGCCUGCCAGAACGGACACAACCAGUCCUGCCGCGAGGUCCUACUGGCGGGCGCGCCGCCGGACAUACAGAACAACAACGGACACAACCAGUCCUGCCGCGAGAUCCUACUGGCCGCCGUGCCGCCGGAUAUACAGAACAACAACGGACACAACCAGUCCUGCCGCGAGGUCCUACUGGCGGGCGCGCCGCCGGACUUACAGAACAACAACGGACACAACCAGUCCUGCCGCGAGAUUCUACUAGCGGGCGUGCCGCCGGACAUACAGAACAACAACGGACACAACCAGUCCUGCCGCGAGAUCCUACUGGCGGGCGCGUCGCCGGACAUACAGAACAACUACGGCGACACUUCACUGCACACAGCUGCUCGAUACGGUCACGCUGGCGUCACUAGAAUUCUCAUCUCAGCCCAAUGCAAGGUCUCCGAACAGAACAAGAACGGAGACACGGCUCUCCACAUCGCCGCAGCCAUGGGCCGGCGGAAACUGACCAGGAUACUCCUAGAAGCUGGCUGCGACAAGUCGCUCAAGAACCAGCAAGGCGAGACCGCCCGGGAUAUAGCCACGAGAAAGGGCCUAGAAGAAAUCAUCAGCAUCCUGAAUACGCCCGUAGCAAAACAACCCAAGAAGAAAGAAAAACACAGAGACAAAAGCAAAGAAAGGGGAGUGGACGAGCCCGAUGAAGCAAAGAAGAAAAACAAAGACAAGAAAAAGAAGAACGUCCAUUUUGAACAAGAGCCCCCGACUGUCCAGUGGUCCCCUUACGGUUGCCACUACUACCCCGAUCCUAAAUACUUCCCCAAGCCAAGACUCAGCUCGUUACCCACCGAACCCCUCAAAAAAGGCGAGCAGUACUACUUGGAUCUGGCCGGAAACAUCAAAAAGGGUCCAAUAGGCGCUGGCUACACGUGCUACUGUGCGCCAUUCUUUAAACACAUGGAGGAUAAAUUGAAUGACGAUAAGAAAGACCUGAAGAGACACAUAGACAGAGCUCAUGAAAGAUUAGAUCAGAAAGUCACUGAUUUAGAAAUGAAGACACAAGGACAGAUUUCCGAGUUGACGAGAUUCGUAGCUGCGGAACGAGCGAUGUGCAAAGAGAGACACAAACAUUUGGAACAAUGGCUGACGAGAGGCAUGAUGUUUAGAGCAUCAGAGAGAGUCAGGAAACUAGAUUUCAGUCCUAAAGGCUCUUUGGAUAUACCUCCAUUGAAGAGGACAAGAAGUUUAGAACUUCUGGAUGCGCACGCUGAAGAGUGGAAUAGAGUAAACAGGCUGAUCAGAAGCUUCAACAAAAACGCAGAACACUACGAGAGCAAUGCCAAAGAUCUAAAUGAAACUAAACCGACGUCUAAAAGUACUGAGGUUUUAGACACGAGAAGAUCCCCGCCGACUCCAAGAAGAAAAUUCUUGCUUAAAAACUCGAGAAGUAGUGACCAGCUUGAAGCAGGCCCAAGCACAAGUUCUAGACCUUCUAGAUCACCUCACACAUCGCAUGCAAGUCCGGCUCGUGAAAGUCAUUCACAAAAUGUCACAGCAGAAAUUCAUGUAAAAGCGAAUAAGAUUUCUGUCUCACAAUCCCCUGUAUCAGAGGUUCCAGAUUACAAUGAUCGCUACGCGUCACCUAGUCGGCAAUCAAACGCCAAGUCACCGAGCAAUAGCAACAGACAGUCGGAUUACAAAGCGAGCGAUUCGGAUGGAGACAACCUCCACAGAGUUCAGAAAGAUAACCCACAGAGCGUUCCAGUUUGGAAAAGCCAGGUUCUUCAAAGAACAGCUGAUGACAUUCGAAAAAGAGUUAUGCUUGAGAAGGAAAUGUCUGACGUAUUGUCGAGGAGUAACCCUAAGUCCCUCGACAUAGCUCAAGACGGCUACGUGAAGCUGCGUAAACAGGGCAACUACCCGAUAGAAGAUAACAACAUCGUUCGAGAACCGAGAAAGUCGGUGCAGGAGUUAGUCGCUCAAGUGGAAUGCCAGCAGAUAUGUCAAUCACCUGAACUUAUUCCUUUGCCGAGGAAGAUGCCUCCCACCGAACUUCAAGACGAACAGAUCGCCCCAGUCAACGUUCAGCCGAGUCCAGGAAUACUGAAGAUGCCGCAACAACCUCAACGACCUGCACCCGUGCUGAAAGAGAAGCCACCGAAGAGUAAACGAUUCAGUUUGCACAACCUCAUACCCUUCCCAACGAGGAAAACUUUCCAAACCCCACCUAAAGACAACGGGAACAAUUCCGAGAGCAGCGACGAGGAAGACAAUCCCAUCAGAACCACGCACCAGCCCGGACCGAUGCGAAAUGCAAACCUGCUGCAGACGUUGCCAUUACCUAACUACGAAACCAUGUCAAACAAGUCUCAAUCGCCAGCACCACAGGUCGCGGGGAAUCAUAAUAACAUGUACAACCACGACUUACGGGCGAUGAUACCCAAGGACGCCUACUUCCAUGACAUACCGAACCGGCAGAUACAUCAUCAGAUGCCUUACAGGGACAUGAUCGACAACGGUCUCCCCGUGCCUCAGUACAACCCUUGUCAGCCGCAGUACGACUACAAUGAAACCGGCCUCCCUCACACGCAGGUCCCGGCUCGAAGCAGGAACCCCCUGUACCACCACCAGACCGGGGUCUUCGACGCGAUGAUGCAAGACCACAUGAUGCGGGAAAUGGAACGGAUUCCCCAGUGCUACAGCGACCAUUUGGACCAGAACACGGAGAUAGAGAUUGCGAACCAGAACGACCACUUUCGCGGCGGUUACUACGAUAACCAUUCGCCAGUGUACCCGAACUUUAGAGGGAAUGCACAUGGCAUGACCAGGAAACCUGUGGCCGACCACAAUUUGCUACACAGUCGCCUUCAAUCUUUGGCCAUCAACACGCAUUUGACUGAAACGCAGAGUCUAACAGACAGGGAGUCUCACAACGACUCUGGGUACAGUACUAAAGUAUAUGGAAGUUCCCAAGGACCCUCUCCAAGUCUUUCAGGGCACGUGGAGUGUUCAGAUAACCUUUCAGGGCAGCGAGUCAAUGUGGGUCCUGGGAAAGUCGGUGCACAACUAGGUGCUUCUAGUUUGGUGUAACAAACAUGAAUUUCUGUGCCUUCCAGUGCCUUUUUCUAUUUUAAAUAAGGAUUGAUACUCAAGCUUAGAAGCAAAUAUAACUACUUAUAGUUAUCUGAGUAUCUAGCCUUGAUUCAACAAAAAUAAAUACUAUACUACAUCUGGCUUUAAAAUAUCAAAAUUAUAUUAUAUGAGAAAACUAUUGACUUGAUUAGUAUCGUAAGAGAUCAAAAAUACAUAACUCUCACUUUGUCACAUGAGAAAACUCACUGAUAAAAAUUAAAAAGUACAAAAUACUCACUUUUAUACUCAUAAACACAUGAUCACGUGUAGUUUAGGGUCAAAAACAUCCCAACUAAUAUUAUAAAUGCGAAAGUAACUCUGUCUGUCUGUCUGUCUGUCUGUUACGCUUUCCCGCUUAAACCUCGCAACCGAUUUUGAUGAAAUUUGGCAUAGAGAUAGUUUGAGUCCCGGGAAAGAACAUAGGAUAGUUUUUAUCCCGGUUUUUGAAACAGGGACGCGCGCGAUAAAAGUUUUUCUGUGACAGACAAAAUUCCACGCGGGCGAAGCCGCGGGCGGAAAGCUAGUAACAAAUAAAGUACAAAUUUAUUUUUUAAUAUUGAUGCCAUGUAUCACAAUUAAUUUAAGUUAUUUUAACUGUCACAUUUAAAUAGUACUUUUUAUAUUUCAAACUACUGUUUACUUUGUGUAAAAAUGUGUAAAAAAACUUACCACCUUCCAUGUGGCUAUUAUAUUUUUGUAAGAAAUAAAAAGUAUACUCGUGUAACUGUAAACACAAGCGAAUCAGUUUUGUGUCCUUUUGAUUGAUUACUCAACAAUAAGUUUUGUAAAGAAUGGUGUGGAGCGUGUGUGUGAUUUUUGUAUUGCCAGAUUUAUUAUUUUUGCGUGGUCUGUAAUAUAGCGAUUUAAUUAAUAAGUGAAAAAAGGGAAAGUCGUACCUUGAAUGUACUUAAAACAAAGUCGCUAUACGACAGAUGUUUUAUUUAUAUGUAAUAUAGCUAAUAAGCACGUUUUGUACGUUUAAUGUAAAAUAACUGAUAUUUAUUGUGUUCCAUUGUGUAUUUUGUAAUGUAAUUUUGUAUUGAUUGAGCGAUUCUAAUAAAACUGCACUUUUGAAGUGUCACAAACUAAA